AUGGGUGUGCGUUGCCGCGAAAACGGCAACCUGUACGCCGAAGCGCGGCCCCUUGACCCAGUGAGCCACAGCCGCGACAUGGAGUGGCACGAAUUCAGCGGACGCGCCACGUUGAGUACCUUCACCUGCAUAUCGGUGGCGCCGGCAUCGCUGGAAGCCAAGGGCUUCGGUCGGAACAACCCGUACUGCACCGGCAUCGUAACGUUGGAGGAAGGGCCGCGUAUCUCGGCCAGGAUCGCCGGCGUAGACGCGGCCAACCCGCAGAACAUACGGACCGGCAUGGCGUUGGAAAUCGCCCUGACGGAAAUCGAUCCCGAUGAACCCGGGCUGGUGUUCAAGCCGGCAUAA